AUGGACGAAGAAUUAAUACAAAAACAGCAAAAAUACGAAGAUGAUCCGUUCAAUAGUAACUUGAAGAAUGAAAUGUUCGUCACAGAAUCAAAGAGACGAAUGAUUGCAAACGAAACAGCGGUGGAGGAGAUUGUUCGCGAACGAAGUAUCAAUCUAUUCAAGAAUAAAUGUCGGCUUUUUCGUAUACCACCUAAUUUCCGAGAUAAUAACGCAGAGAUACAAAGUAAAACAGAAUUAAAAGUUGCGAAUGCAGCUACUACAAACGUAACAUCAUUGACACAGGGCAACAAAAAGUCAGAGGAAACAACAUCUGUUGAAUUUGCCGAACCAUCACAUGAGAAUGACAAAGAAAUCAGCAGACGGAAAUUUAAAAAGUGGACAAAAGAAGAUGAAGAAACACUUAGAAGAGCGGUGGACAAUCACGGUAAAGAUUGGGAAAAAAUUUCAGAGAAUUAUUUUGACUCCGGGCGAUCACCAGCAUCAAUUUACGAAAAAUUCUGCAAGGGCCUCAAAGGUUCAAAUUUGACGUAUAUAAAAUGGACACCCGAAGAGGACCAAAAAUUGGAGGAAGGCGUUGCAAAACUUGGCGUGGGAAAUUGGCAAGAUAUCCGAAAAGAAUUCCUACCCAAUAGGAACGGACAACAGAUUCUAGGUCGGUGGAAAAUUAUCUCAUCAACAAAACGGGGCAAUUGGACCCCAGAAGAGGACGAAGCACUACAAGAAUUUGUCAGAAAGAACGGGUGCAAGUGGAGUUUGGCGUCUAAGGUUUUUAAACGUCCUUAUCUUCGUAUUUUUGAACGAUGGGAUCGAUAUCUGGCACCUGGUCUAAAGAGAGGCACAUGGACCGAAGAAGAAUUAGAAAUAUUAAGGAAUUCCAUAAAGAAAUUUGGCAAAGAUUGGGAUAAGAUUAAAGAAGCGUUACCACAUAGAUCUCUUUAUUUUAUUAAACAAAAGUAUCGAAAUUCACCUUCUGUUCGACCAGAAUUCAAGAAAGGAACCUGGGGUGUAGAUGAAGAAUUGGCCCUUGUCGAAGCUGUAAAGAAAUGUGGAAAGCGAUGGAAUGACGUGUCAAACAUGAUUGGCACUAGAAGUCCCGAUCAAUGUUGUUCUUAUUAUUGUAAAACUCUAUUGUCGAAACUUUCUUUAUUUACAUUCUCCCUUUAUUAUGGUCAUAAACACAUCAAGGGAAAAGAGAGAAAUGGGAGGAGAGGAACAGGAGAAGAUUCAUCAAAGUAUCAUUGA